CAAAAGCAAAUGCAAUCCACAACAUCAAAACCAACAAUUUCGCUACGCAUUAACGUUCGAAUCUCGCUUGGAUUACUUGCAAUGUUCCUCGUCAAGGCAUGGAGAGCAACUGCUUUCGGUGUUUAUGGGUAUCUUAAUUUCACAAAAUCUGGCUUCUUAGAACACUCAAAAAGUUUCAAUCCAGAGGAUGUGGCAAGACGAAUCGAUGGAAAGAAUUGCAUAGUAACCGGAGCUAACUCUGGGAUUGGUUAUGCCACUGCCCAUGGUCUUGCAUCCAGAGGAGCAACUGUCUAUAUGGUCUGUCGAAAUAAGGAAAGGGGUGAAGUUGCUGUCUCAGAUAUUCAAGCAGCCACCGGUAACCAAAAAGUUUACUUAGAGGUCUGCGAUCUAUCUUCUGUCAAUGAGAUCAAGUCUUUUACUUCCAGAUUCAGGACAAAGGAUGUUCCCAUUCAUGUGCUGGUGAACAAUGCUGGUUUACUUGAGAACAAGAGAGUAACGACAUCAGAAGGGUACGAAAUGAAUUUCGCUGUGAACGUACUAGGGACUUACAGCAUGACAGAACUGAUGCUUCCCUUGCUUGAGAAAUCUCAGCCUGAUGCUCGUGUCAUUACAGUAUCCUCAGGCGGAAUGUAUACAUCUCCUUUGACCACAGAUUUACAGGUGCAUAGAGAUUCUCAGUUUGACAGGGGUGAAUUUAACGGGGCCGAACAAUAUGUUCGCAACAAACGAGUACAGGUAGCAUUGACAGAAAAAUGGGCUGAAAAAUAUGGCGACAAAGGGAUUGGGUUCUAUGUGAUGCACCCUGGAUGGGCUGAAACACCAGGAGUCACCAAGAGUUUGCCUAGCUUUUCAGAAUCGUUGAAAGGGAAACUAAGGACGAGCAACGAAGGUGCAGAUACUGUUAUUUGGUUGGCCUUGCAACCUAAAGAAAAGCUAGUAUCGGGUGGCUUUUACUUUGACAGAGCUGAAGCUCCAAAACAUUUAGCAUUUUCUGCAACUAAAAAAUCCCACAGUGCCAUCAAUUCCAUUAUAGAUACUCUUAACUCGUUUGGUAAUUUUUAGAUUUGGUUUUUUUUUUUUAAGCUUUUUUAACUUCUCAAGAUUGAGGCAUAAAGAUUAGUGUAUACUGGGCUCAGAUAGAUAAAGGAAAUUUGCAUGUUGUCCGUGUAUUAUUACAUUUGACAAAUAAUUUGAUGAUGCGUUUUCUUGUUU